AUUUGAAGUUGGUCCUAGGGAGAAGAAUCUGUAGGAGUUGGCAUCACUGGUUGACAUAUUAUUAUUAUCUUGAAAUUUGAAUCUUCUAUAUGCCGAAUGCCGAUAUGCGUGAUACGAAGUUACGACUUACGAACUUCGUAGUUGAGUUUUAAUUCAUAUAAAAUAGAAAUAAAUGGAGCUCAUCAACCCUUCUUGUCUCAGCUUUGCUGGUGAUUUUAAUACACAGAUGAAAGAAGUAAUAAAUUAUAUAAAAAUAUCCGAUGAAGAAUGCAAAAACCGGAAAAAAGUCAUGUACGACUUGAAUUCUGUACUUGCAAGCAUAUGUGAAGGAUCUCAGAUGGAGGAAUUUGGAUCGCGUUUAACCGGUCUAGCCCUGAAAAACAGCGACAUAGACUGCUUCGUGAAUAUACCGCAGGAUGUCAGCGAGCAUGCCGUGCAACUCGUAUUACGUACUCAAAAAGCUCUUCUUAAAAAUGAAAAAUUUGUUAACAUAAAUGUAUUCACUAAAACAAAGAUUCCUAAAGUCAAUUUUCAGCACAGGAAAACCAAAAUAUGCUGCGAUGUUACUUUCUCUGGUCGAGGGGCAUUGAAAAAUUCACUUUUACUCCAAUACUUGAUAUCCAGUGAUGAGCGUAUCCGACCUCUGAUGUUUAUAGUCAAAUAUUGGGCUAAAAUCAAUAAAAUCACGGGUAGACGUCUAAUGUCUAAUUACUGUCUUAUAUUGCUGGUAGUAUUCUUUUUACAAAAAGAACGUAUAUUACCAACAAUUGAGUGUCUGCAGCUAAAUGUCGAGAUGGAAGAAACCGACUAUUGGAAUACGGAAUUUGCUCGUGUCGUCAAUCUGAACGAUAAUCAGAAAAGUGUAUACAAUUUAUUAGGUGAUUUUUUUCGUUUCUAUUCGACUUUAGAUUUCGAAAAUAAUAUAAUUUCAUUAUAUACGGGUGAUUUAAUAAGGAGAAAAUGUUUCGCCAACGUCCAGGAUAUUUUAUCGGUCUACGAGAUUUAUUGGGUAAAUGUUAGGGAACAUAAUCUACCGGGUCUUGUUUUAGAUUCUUCUUUCUGUAUUCAGGACCCUUUUAAUCAUGCGCGAAACGCGGGUGUUACUGUGAAACGUACAACGGCGGAGUUAAUCGUUCAGCUUAUGAAGAAUGCCGCGUCAAUUUAUGAACAUGAAUCUGACGAUUACUUUCUUCCGAAACUCUUGAGUCCAUAUGGAAAUAAAUCUAGUGGGGAAGCAAGACAACGGCAACAUACGGGCUACAAAAACGAUCUUUAAUUUCCAACAGUUACAAAAAAUUAUAAUUAGAGAAAAUAAUUAUGUCUGAAUUAUUAGACAAUGGCAAUAGGGUUUCGCCUUUUCUUAAGGCAAGUGUAUUCGCAGGUAUCUUUGUCUAAAUGUAUACUAGUUAGUUCUAAUGCGGUUUUAUGUUCAUAUGUUUUUAAGUUUUUUUAUGUUAUGUAAUUUAGAAAUUAUAAGCUAUAACAUUAUAAAUUGGAAUUAAAUAUUAUUUAGAGUUA